UAGACGCGAGUUCGCUGAUUAGACACAAUGGUCCCUAAGCUUUUCAUCACUGGCAUAACUUUAUUUGUAAUUUUUAUUCUGAAUUUUAACGGUGUUAAAUCGCAACAAAGGUUUCUAAGUGCCCCAGUAUUUGGAAAAGUUGGAGAAUUUGAAGUGUUUUGCCCAAGCAGUUUCCGGAUAACAAUUCCAUCGAAAAUUGAUACCACUUUUGCAACUUUCGAAUGUACGCACUUCAGUCAAGCCUAUAAGCAAUCGUUUACGUGGUUUGCAGAUAUGCGUCCAAAAAAUGGUUUACUCACAUUUGAGAACAGCAGCACAGCUAAUAUUAACAUCGGAGAUGUGAUUUUCUUGAACAUAAGUUUAACUGCGUUUGGAGAGCGAAUGGACUACACAUGGGGAAAAAGCAUUGUAGGUGGUGAAAAUGCUAAACCGGUAGCCGAAUGUAUGCCAUGGACACAAGUCCUACUAAAAAUUGUGGAGCCAAGUUCUGCGAAGUUUGUUUCCGAAACUAUACAAUUGGGUGUGUUUAAACAAAAAGGGUUCGAACUAUCACUUCCUGCAGGAAAUGAUAUCAAGUUCAUGACCUUCGAAGGAAAUCUAUACGACGAGAAUGGUGUAUUUCUAAUUGAUACGUGGAUUGCAGAUGAUGUGCGUCCACAAAAUGGUCGACUAAAAUACACAAACUGUACAUCAAAUAUUGAGAUCGGAAAUAAGUUCAAAUUCGAAAUAAACCUUAGAACAUUUGGUCAGACACAGCGUUAUAUGACUGGAAUAUUUGUUGUGUUUGAUUACAUUCCCGAUACUAGGGCUGAAUGUAGGCCAUCGGUCGCACCCCAGAUGAAGCAAUCGGGUCUUGAAUCGGUAAAAGUGGAUGUGUUUUACCCAAGUGGUUUCCAGGUAUCAAUUCCUGCAGGAAAGGAUAUCACCUCCAUGACUUUCAAUGGCAGACUCAACCAAGAAUUAGAUAAUUUUGGAGCCAGUCAAUGGGUUGCAUACGAUAUACGCCCUAAAAAUGGUCAACUAACGUUUCAAGACAACACAUCAAACCUCAGAAUUGGAGAUGUAAUCUACUACCGAAUAACUGUCACUGCAUUUGAACAGAGACAACAAUACCCGGAUGGAGUACACAUAGUGACGGGUUACAUUAACAAAGUGGGACACAGGAGUAUUUGGCGGCCUCCACCGACGGACGACACGAGUGCUGAAUGUAAGCCAUCGAUAACGGCCGUGAAUGGUAUUCAACAGAAGUGCGCGGAACGUCUAAUAUUUUAUGAAGAAUUCUCAGGGAAUCGAAUCGAUACCUCCAAAUGGACUCCACAAGAACGGUUUGCUGGUCAACCUAACUUUGAAUUUGUUACAUAUUUAAGGCACCAAGAUGUAAUUUACGUCAACCGAGACCAUCUUUCCAUAGAGCCGAAACCCAUAACAGAUAUUUAUGGAGAUACUAUUUUCGACUCCAAUCUCACGCUCAAUCUUCAAGCAGAUUGCACUGGAGAACUAGAGACAAGUGAUUGUAUUAGGAGAAAUGCUGUUGAUAUAGUACCUCCAAUAGCGUCAGGUCAAAUUACAACAAAAGGAUACUUCAGCUUUUCGUAUGGUUCUGUUCAAAUUAGGGCUAAGCUUCCCGAUAUUCCUUGGUCCUUCGUGCAAUUCUUUCUAGAACCUACAGAUAAUGCAUAUGGCAAAUACAACUUCAGUUCUGGACAAAUGCGAGUGGCAUUUGUUACUGGAUUGGAUACAUGCACCCUUUCAGGUGGCAUUAUUUCGAAAGGUAGCAGCGCGUUCCGAAACCAGUUUACAUGCCAGAAAUCAUGCAGUAAUAAUCGAAAAUGGAGUUCCGAUUAUCAUAUUUACGGUUUAAAAUGGACCCCAACCUCCGUCACUCUGUCCGUAAAUGGAGAGCAAUAUUGUAAUAUAGAUCCAAUAAGGAAGUCCUUCUUCAACCAGUCCCUCAGAAUGAUGAAUUUCUCCUCAGCAUUCCGCCGACCAGCGACGGAGAUGGCACCAUUCGAUCGACCAUUUCAUCUAACGAUUGGUCUAGGAAUUGGCGGACAUAUCGAGUUUGACGACGGACUACCAGAUAAACCAUGGUAUAACCUUGAUCCACGAAGCAUGCGUAGGUUUUGGCGUCACUUUAAAAACAGGACUUACCCUAGAGGAAAAUUGGAAGUUGAUUACAUUAAAGUCUUCACUGUAUAGAUAACUAAGUGUUACUCGUGCCUUCGAUCGCUAAGUUUAUUGCAAUGACGUAAUAUAUUUUAUAUGAGUAUCCGGAAUAUGUUAAAAUGGCACUUG